AUGGCUUAGGAAAGGAUUCCAAAGACAAUAGGAAUGGCAUUGGCUAUCUUUCUGUUUCUGUAAACAGAUUAUCUGUAGAAUCACUUCAGCUGUUAUUGGAGAAGCAGUACCAAAGUGACUUCAAUGAGAAAAUCGCCGACGACAAUGAAGAAAUGUCAAGGCAAGAGGCAAGAUUCAUUAAAAUAAUGGAUCAAUCUGUAAAGUUAAAGGACGGACAUUACAGUUUAAAGCUGCCAUGUAAAGCCCAAGAGGUAACUCUGCCAAACAACCGUUGUAUUGCUCAACAGCGCCUCAUUGGACUAAGAAGGAAAAUGGAAAGAAAUGAGAAAUUCCACCAAGAAUACACAAGCUUUCUGGAAAAUGUCAUCAGCAGUGGCUAUGCAGAAAUGGUACCACAGGAUGAAUUGCGUUGUGGAGAAGAUAACCUGUUCUAUAUACCUCAUCAUGGAGUAUAUCACCCACGGAAGGGCAAGUUGCGAGUUGUCUUCGACUGUGGAGCUAAGUUUAAAGGAACUUCUUUGAACGAACAACUUCUGCAGGGUCCGAACCUUACAAGUUCCUUAAUAGGAGUGUUUCUACGAUUCAGACAAGAACCAGUUGCUUUUAUGUCUGAUGUGAAGUCUAUGUUCUAUCAAGUUAGAGUGGCCGACGAAGACAAAGACUUUCUAAGGUUCCUGUGGUGGCCUAAUGGAGAUCUGCACAAGCAAGUUGAAGAAUAUAGAAUGACUGUACAUCUCUUUGGAGCAGUGUCGUCGCCUAGUUGUGCAUGUUAUGCUCUAAGGAAGACAGCAGAGGACAGUCGGAAUGGGUUUUCGGAGGAGGAUGAUCCAGAGGUCAAAGUGGAAAUCUCCACAAACGCAAUAACCAUUCAAGUGGAUAAUGCAACCAGCCAACUCAUCACCUAUUUCUCUGACUGGAAAAGGUUGAAAGUCGCAGUUGCAUGGUUGCUGUUGGUCAAAGGGACUCUAUUGGAGUUGAGUCAAAGAAGGAAGCAACUUGUGAAAGAUGGAAUGGCUAAUCUUGAUGUUGACAGAAAAAUGUUGGAAGCCAGAAAGUCGUUCAAACGAGAACGUGUAUCAACGGAGGAUCUAUUAGCAGCAGAAAACGCUAUCCUUCAGUUCUGUCAGAGGGAAAGAUUUGACACUGAGAUUUGUGCACUAAAGACAGGAAAACCUGUAAAAGGGUGUAGCCCUAUCUACAAGCUGAAUCCUGUCUUAGAGGAAGGACUGGUAAGAGUUGGUGGAAGAUUGUCCAGGACUGCAAUGCCCGAAGAGAGCAAACAUCCAGUCAUCCUGUGUAAAGAUCAGCACAUCUCCAUGUUAAUUCUUAAAAAUAUUCAUGAACAGACAAGACACGGUGGGAGAAAUUACAUCCUUUCCAAAUUGAGAGAAAAGUUCUGGGUCACUCAUGCCAACGCAGCAGCAAGGAAAAUCUUGUCAAAUUGUCCUUUUUGCAGACGUCACCAAGGAAAAUUGUGUGAUCAAAAGAUGUCGGAUCUUCCCAAAGAGAGGAUUACUCCAGACUUCCCUCCAUUUACUAACGUGGGCGUGGACUAUUUUGGGCCUAUUGAGGUAAAACAAGGACGUUCUUAUGUGAAACGUUAUGAAGUUAUCUUUACAUGCAUGGCCAGCAGGGCAAUUCAUUUAGAAGUGGCACACUCGUUAGACACAGACUCCUGCAUCAGUGCUAUUCGUUGAUUCAUAUGCCGAAGAGGACCCGUGGCACACUUUCGCUCAGACAAUGGCACAAAUUUCACAGGUGCAGAAAAGGAACUGAAAAGAGCAAUUGCAGAUUUAAACCACAGAUCAAUUGAGAAGGCUUUAAUUCAUGACAAUAUCAAGUGGACGUUCAACCCACCUGCAGCUUCCCAUCAUGGCGGUGCUUGGGAAAGCAUGAUCAGACUGGUCAGGAAGGUCUUGGUAUCUGUUUUACAUCUACAGACUCUAACUGAUGAAACGUUAGUCACAGUCUUAUGCGAAGCCGAAGCAAUCUUGAAUGACCGACCAAUUACGAGAGUUUCUGAGGAUCCUAAUGAUUUAGAGCCACUAACACCUAAUCAUCUUCUUACUUUGAAACGAAAACCAGUUUUGCCUCCAGGUCUGUUUGAUCAAAAGGACCAGUACGUAAGACGAAGAUGGAAACAGGCUCAGUAUCUUUCAGAUUUGUUCUGGAAAAGGUGGACGAAAGAGUAUCUUGCAACGCUACAGGAAAGACAAAAGUGGAACAAAACACAACGUAAUCUUAUGGAAGGAGAUAUUGUUUUGAUUGCAGAUGCUACAGCACCACGAAAUUCUUGGAUGAUUGGAAGGAUUAUUAAAUCCUUUCCAGACAAAUCAGGCAUAGUUAGAUCUGUGCAAAUCAAAACCAAAACAAAUGUAAUUGAAAGACCAGUGACAAAACUAGGACUAUUGGUAGAGCAGUCAAUGUAAAAGUAAAACAAACGCACCAAAAGAGGGUCGAUUUGUUUGUUUAUUUGUUUAUUAUUUUUGUUUGCAAACGUUGUUUUCGUUGUAUGAAUGUCUCCAUACAUGAAUUGCUUAGAAUUGUCAUGUCUUGAAGUGCCAUGAACAAUUAGGGGCCGGUUGUGUUGGAGCCAUUCUGAAUACUGCAAUGGGAUGGCGCUGUUUUUGCCACCAGCCUAUUUAACACCAGGGCUAAUUAGUGCAGGUGUGGCGCACAGUGAGGCAGAUAACUUUUGACCGUGAGGCACGGCGGAUUGUGAACCGAAUUUUGUUUGUUAUUUUUGUUAUAAAUAAAUGGAUUGACAUAUCCGAUGUUAA